AUGAGCGAAACCGAGAGACAGGACUCUGCUGCUAUCAGCAGCAGUGCUGAGCGCAUGGUUGGUAUGGACCAUGCUGAAGUGCGCUACUUUACGAGUUACGACCACCACGGCAUCCACGAGGAGAUGCUUAAAGAUGAUGUCCGGACCAGAUCGUACCGCGAUUCCAUCUACCAGAACCGCCAUAUCUUCAAGGACAAGGUUGUUCUCGACGUCGGUUGUGGAACAGGUAUUCUCAGCAUGUUUGCUGUGAAGGCUGGCGCCAAGCAUGUAAUUGGUGUCGAUAUGUCGUCCAUUAUUGAAAAGGCCCGUGAAAUCGUGGCUGUCAAUGGCCUGUCGGAUAGGAUCACACUUCUCCAGGGAAAGAUGGAGGAGGUUGAGCUUCCCUUCCCCAAGGUUGAUAUCAUCAUUUCAGAGUGGAUGGGCUAUUUCCUUCUCUACGAGAGCAUGCUUGAUACUGUUCUCUACGCCCGUGAUCGAUACCUUGUUCCGGGAGGUAAAAUCUUCCCUGACAAGGCUACCAUGUAUCUGGCCGGAAUUGAGGACGGCGAGUACAAGGACGAUAAGAUCGGAUUCUGGGACAAUGUGUACGGGUUUGACUAUAGCCCCAUGAAAGAAAUAGCUCUCACGGAACCCCUUGUCGAUACCGUUGAACUCAAGGCUGUCGUUACUGAUCCUUGCCCCGUCAUCACCUUCGAUUUAUACACGGUCACUAAGGACGAUCUGGCUUUCGAGGUACCGUACUCGCUUUCCGUGAAGCGCAGUGACUUUAUCCACGCUGUUAUCGCCUGGUUCGAUAUCGAAUUUGGCGCGUGCCACAAACCCAUCACAUUUUCCACCGGCCCUCACGCCAAGUACACUCACUGGAAACAGACAGUGUUUUAUCUACGUGAUGUCUUAACCGUUGAAGAAGAAGAAUCUGUAUCUGGUGUGAUCUCAAACAGGCCAAAUGACAAGAACAAGCGGGAUCUCGAUAUCAAUAUCUCCUACAAGCUUGAGACGCAGGACAAUACUCGUUUCGCAGAAGGCGGCUGCUUCUACAGAAUGUAA